UUCUCUUUAAUCGUUAGGUGAAGUUCAAGCUGACUUCAAUGGAGAAUAUCACAGAAGUGACAGAAUUCAUCCUGCUGGGGUUGACAGAUGACCCCAAUCUUCAGGUUCCUCUCCUCCUGAUAUUUUUAUUCAUCUACCUUGUCACUCUGAUUGGAAAUGGAGGAAUGAUGGUCAUCAUCUUCUCGGAUUCCCACCUCCACACUCCCAUGUAUUUCUUUCUCAGUAACCUGUCCUUUGUAGAUCUGGGAUACUCAUCAGCUGUAGCUCCCAAGAUGGUGGCUGCACUUCAGUCAGGGAACAAGGUCAUCUCCUAUAAUGGGUGUGCAGCUCAAUUUUUCUUCUUUGUGGGGUUUGCCACUGUUGAGUGCUAUCUUUUGGCAUCCAUGGCUUAUGACCGCCAUGCAGCAGUGUGUAGGCCUCUUCAUUAUACCACCACCAUGACAACGGGUGUAUGUACCAUUCUGACCAUUGGCUCUUACACCUGUGGCUUCCUCAAUGCCUCAAUCCAUGCUGCAGACACCUUUAAACUCUCUUUUUGUGGUUCUAAUAAGAUAAAUCAUUUUUUCUGUGACAUACCCCCACUCCUGGCCCUUGCAUGCUCCAGCACACAUAUCAGUAAAUUGGUUGUCUUUUUUGUUGUGGGAUUCAAUGUCUUUUUCACUCUCUUGGUAAUUAUCAUCUCAUACUUCUUCAUAUACAUUGCUAUUCAAAACAUGAAGUCUUCUGAAGGACGGAAGAAGGCUUUCUCCACUUGUGCUUCCCACCUCACUGCUGUGUCCAUCUUCUAUGGCACAAUCAUCUUCAUGUACUUGCAGCCCAGUUCUGGUCAGUCCAUGGACACAGACAAAAUAGCAUCUGUAUUCUACACUGUAGUGAUUCCCAUGUUGAACCCCUUGAUCUAUAGCCUCAGGAACAGAGAAGUGAAGAGUGCUCUCUGGAAAAUACUCAACAGAUUUUACCCUCAGUCUUUUAGUGUGUGUAGGAAGUCGACAGAGAAGUAAGGGAUAGAUCACCUCCU